AAAACAAAAAACCACCAAUCUAGAGAGAGAAACAAAUUAGGGUUUCCUCUCUCCUCAAUUUGGGGGUUUUCAUUCUCUAGGGUUUCCGAUUCAAAAAAAAUGGAGGUUGACGGCGGCAGGAAAUCCGGCACCGUGAAAUGGUUCAACGACACCAAAGGCUUCGGUUUCAUCACUCCUGAAGACGGCGGCGAAGAGCUUUUCGUUCACCAGUCGUCGAUCAGGACCGACGGUUUCCGCAGCCUCGGCGACGGCGAGGCGGUGGAGUAUCUGAUUGAGCAAGGCUCCGAUGGCCGUACUAAGGCCGCUGACGUCACCGGUCCGAAUGAAGGUCCGGUUCAAGGAAGCACACGUGGCGGCGGUGGCGGCGGUGGUGAUCGUUACGGAGGUGGUGGAGAUCGUUACGGUGGAGGCGGUGGUGAUCGCUACGGCGGAGGUGGCGGUUAUAACGGUGGUAGCCGUGGAGGACGUGGCGGCGGUGGAAAUGGUUGUUAUAAGUGUGGUGAGAACGGGCAUAUGGCUAGGGAUUGUACUGAGAACGGUGGAGGAGGUGGUGGUGGUAGGUACGGCGGUGGGGGCGGCGGAGGCGGCCGUGGCGGUGGUUACGGUGGGAGCCGUGGUGGCGGCGGCGGCGGUUGCUAUAACUGUGGUGAAGAAGGGCAUUUCUCUAGAGAGUGCCCUAACAGUAGCAACCGUUAGAUCUGGUUUAAGUUGAUGGUGGAUGAUUAAGGGUAAAUGUGUCUUUUCACAUUUGCUUUUAGUUUUUUUUAUUUUGGUUUCUUUGUUGAUGAAAGAAGACUAUGGUUGGUUUUAUUAUGAGGUUUUUGUUGUUGGGUUUUUGAUGCUUUAGUUAUGAAUUAUGAAUGAUAUGAUGUUAAUUUAGGUUUUAUGGAUUAUGA